UCGAGUCUAACUGGAGGGAUUUCUGGGCAGCUCACACGAAGGGUAGCUAACGUAGUUAGCAGGAGGGAAGUAUAAGUUUAUCCUCAGCGAACCUGCCCCUGUUCACAAGCAGCAGUGCUAAGCUUUCUGCCUCUAAUUAGUGCACCUCGGCCUCAGGGACCCUUUAAAAUGGAUCUAGAAGAUGACACCACUAUCCUAACAACCUUAAAGUCCUUUAAUACUUUCAUCAGUCGCCCUGAACAUUCACAGCGUCCAUCUGAGCAGUCACGGAGCGGGACCUUGCAGUCUCACUACAAACGCAGCUUAGAGUUUUUGGAAGCAGCAGAGAGAGUUCAGUCUCAGCACCGCUACCUUCAGCUGGACCAAGAGAAGAAACAGAUGGAGCUGAGUCACAAAAGAGCUCGUUUUGAACUGGAGAAGGCAGCUUGUGACAACGCUCGGGAUUUGGAGCAUGAAGUGGACCGUAACCAAGGACUUUUAGGGCAAAUAAAAAAGUUGGAGGAGAGAGAGAAAGAAGCAACGAAAAACCUCUCAGAGCAGUUGGAAGAAAACUCUUCUCUCCGCAAGAACCUGGAUGGGCUGAAGAAAAGGCUGGAUGAGCGAGAUACUAAACUGUCUACAGCCAACCAGACCAUCACUGCUUUAAAGGAUGAGAUUAGAGAUCUAAGGCAGAAGAUUCAAAACCAAGACUCAAGCAUUUCCUCCCAAACACUGGAAAACCAGGAGCUACAAGAACAGCUGGAUUUACAGCGCAGAAAGUAUCAAGAAGCUUCUCAACUUUGCCAAACUCUCCAAGCUGCACAGUCCUCAUGCUCAGAGCAUAUAAUCAAGAUUAAGGAGCUGGAGAGACGGCUUGCCCUGCAGGAACAAGAUAUGGCUAUUGUGAAAACUAUUCAGUCUGAGGCGGCAAGAGUUCCAGAUUUGGAAAAGGAGCUUAAAUAUGUCAAGGAAGAAAACUCUUUCCUCAGGGAGAGUAGAGAAAAUUGUAGCCUGUUGAAAGAAGAGGUGGAAGGGCUGAGGAAAAAGCUGAAGAGAAUGGAGAAAAACAAAGAGGAGCUGGUCAAUAUAGAAUUGGAGAAAGAGAAACUGGCUGAGAAGCUCCAGACCUGGGAAAACAUUGGACUGUCUACAGGACUUGACAUAAGGAAACCAGAGGAUCUGUCCAGGGAGGUGAUUCAGAUCCAACAGAGAGAAAUUGCUCUGAAAGAGCAGAGCUGCACACUCAGCAGCCGUGUGAGAAGUUUGGAGCGAUCCCUGUCUGACCUACAAGCAGAGCUGACCCAGCAGUGCAGCAAGGCUCUGGAGGAGCAGAAGAAGAGAGAGGCUCAAGAUUCUCUCGUCCGACGUCUCCAAAAACGAGUACUUUUGUUAACCAAGGAACGUGAUGGCAUGCGUGCUAUAUUGGAGUCUUAUGACAGUGAACUGGCAUCAAAUGAGUACUCUCCUCAACUCAGCAAACGAGUCAGAGAAGCAGAAGAAGUUAUGCAGAGGACACAAACUUACAAUACAGAGAUGGAGGCGCAGCUUACCAAGGCACAAGAGGAGACAGGGGAACUGAAACUAAAGCUACAGAAAGUGGAGUUUGAGUUGGGCACUGUAAAGAAGGAGCUGACCUCUGCAGCUGACGGCAGCUCUUUUGUGAACAAAGAAGAGGUCAACAUACUAAGGCAAAAAAUUGAGGACUUAGAGAAGGAGAGACAGCGUUUGGAGGAGCAGAAUAAUAUUUUGGAAAUGAGGCUGGAGAGACACAACCUGAAGGGAGACUAUGAUCCUGUCAAGACCCGGGUCCUCCAUCUCAAGAUGAAUCCCGCCAGGGAGGGCAAGCAGCAGCGUCAGCAGGAAGUGGAGGCUCUUCGAGAGGAAUUAACUCGUCUUAGGGAACUUGUGCGUUCCUUCCAGGAAGGAGGAAUGGUCUUAGAUGAGUCCAGCAGUCAUAAUCCUGGUCUGAGCUUCAGUUUGCCCCCAUCCAAAGAAGUGCUGGAGUUACGUAAGCAGGUGGAGAGCUCCGAGCUGAAGAACCAGAGGCUAAAGGAAGUGUUUCAAAAAAAGAUUCAAGAGUUCCGCACAGUCUGCUACGUCCUGACUGGUUACCAGAUAGACCUCACCACCGAGAACCAGUACAGGCUCACCUCAGUCUAUGCAGAACACAUGCAUGACUCUCUACUCUUCAAAAAGGGAUCCAAUGGAAGCAUGCAGCUCAUGGAAACGGAGUUCUCCAAAACUCUGGAAGAGAUGGUGACCCUUCAUCUGCACACCCAGAAAAGCAUUCCUGCCUUCCUCUCUGCUGUGACGCUCGACCUGUUCAGCCGACAAACCAUCCUCUGAAACUAGAUCUGACAUAAAAACAUAACCUCGGAGUAGCUGGGUUAUUUCAUGAAACAGGAAAGUUACCAUUGUUUCUUUUGAUUUCUUUUUCAUCUUUAUUGUUUUUCAUUUUUCUUGUAAAACCCUAUGUAAGAUUGCACCCCUUUUAAAAAUCUUUGAAAUAAAUCUUCAAGAAGAGCAAUUAUUGAUACAUUUAUCUCUCCAUCAAAGAAAAAAUGGAAGAAUAAAAAUGAGCUCAUUUCUAACACCACAACUUCCCCAUCGUGGGACAAUAAAGGGAUUUUCUAUUCUAUUCUAUACUUCACCUAAUGUAUCUCUUUGCUCACCUUAUCACCAUUAUGACCCAUUAACACCAUCAACAUGCCAACCAGUUGCUGGACAUUUCACCCCUUUGCCAUUUUGGCACUUAUUAUUUUAUAUCAGCAGGAUUUCAGUACAAAUAGAGUCAUCUUUUUAAGGACAUGUCAGUGUGUUGAUGCUUUUUUGCAAGGGGAGCCUUUGUACCACUGAUUUCUAUUCUUCACUCUACCCCAUUGGUAGUAUGGGGUGGAGUGAAGCCACCGGACGCAGUAUUGGUGCUUCGCCUGUUUGUAUGGUAAAGCCUUCCAGAGCGCCUGGGACCAGGCUACACGUGAUACAAAUUAACCAGUGAGCUGUCAGUCAGGGUCACUGCUGCUAGCUACUUUUAGAAACAGCAGGCAAACCUGUGGCAAGCUGGGCGAUGGGAGAGAAGGAGAAGAAGAUGAGAAAAAGAAAGCAGAGAAAGUUUGGACUACUGGAAGAACUGCGGUGAACUGGUGACAGAAAAGUAAAAUGGUGUGCUCAAAGAUGACCCUGCACAUUAUGAGUAUGUUUGGCUGAACUUAUUUCUCCACCAUGAACAUAAUCAAAACUAAAUCAAUCCAGGCUCAAAAUGAGCCCCAUGAUAUGUGCUUUAGAAUGGCCUCAUUGUCAUUCAAACCCAGGUUUAAAGCCUUGCAGCAUAAAA